UUGAUGAAUAAUACAAUGGUAAAUCAUGCGGCUUUUAUAUUUUGUGGCGGACCCAUUUUCGCUCUUGGCUGGGCUCCUGGGAACAACAGGCAGUUCCUGGCGAUUGGGGCUCACCUGUCAAUGUCCGAUUUCUACCAAGUGUCUUCCACCUGUUCUGGUCCCGGAAACAUCCAGAUUUGGUCGUUCGGAGAUCUGGCGAACACCAAGCAAACUUCAUUCGUGGGUACGAGGCUUGAAUAUUUAAUAUGUCACGACUUCGGUGGCGCAUGGGCAUUGGAGUGGUGUCCAGUCGGAUGCCAGAAUGACAAAAGAAUGGGCCUCCUUGCAGUGGCAUCCGCCAGUGGUUCUAUCCCAUUGUUUUCGGUUCCUCAGCCAAAAGCCUCCAGUGAAAUUAGAUUUCCUGCUUGUAAACCUCAGCCUGUUUUAAUUUUAGAAUUAGGACCUUAUGAAAAAUAUCAGUGCACCAGAAUAAGUUGGUCUAAAGUAAAACCUCACAGGACGAUAGCAGGUGGAUUUGUCAAUGGUUACAUUGCACUUUGGGACCUCUUGUCAACCUCUUCUCUUCUGAGACGUGGAAAGAUUCUUUAUCCUUUUAAAGUAUUUCAAGCGCACUAUUCCAUCAUUACCGGACUUAUGUUUAGCCCAAUGAGUGAUACACACCUUGUCAGCUGUGCACAUGAUAAAUUUUUGAAAUACUGGGACUUGAAGGACACAACAGCUCCACAAAGCAAAAACUGGCGUAAUUUAUCUACAGAUGUAACGUGGCUUCAACAUUGGAUGACCUGUGCUACAGCUGUAGAUAAUAUUUAUUCGGCUGGAGAAAGCACAAUGAUUUUUAAUAGUAUUAGAGAUUUUGUUUAUGAACCUCAGUCAUUUAUUGCGAAUGUUGAUUCUUCAGCUUUGAGUAUAUCAGGAAAUGAUUGGUUAAACGCUGUGGCACUGUCUUACGACAAUGGGCAAAUCAAUUUAGCUUUUGGAAGACGACAGCCUUUAGUCAGUCACGACGAUCGCAAAAAAUAUAUCAAGGUGGUAAUGGAGCCUCACCUUUACAAUUUUGAAGUCAAGGGUUAUGAAAAGCAGACUAACAUUGGAAAAGAGGGGAAAGAAUGUGCACUAGUUGACUGUGUAUCUUACGAAGAAGCUGUUGGCAAAUAUGGCAUCCACUUUAAAACCGAUUUUAAAAUGGGUUAUAGAGAAGAACUUAAAGGAAAUGCUCCUAACCAUAUCCAUAUCUAUCCGCUGAUAGCUGCAAAUAAGGUGUGUUGGAAUCCGAAUAUUAACGGAUUUCUAAAUUUGGCAAUUGGUUACCAAAGUGGUUUUGUAAUUGUUCCGAGACUCAUAUUUGCACCGCAAGAUCAAGAGAAGAUUGACGACGUGCUAAGUUGAAACUUGCCAUGACCUUCUAAUCAAGACUGGAUGUUUGCUUAAAUUUCUACGUGUACAUAUUUUUUAUAAUAUUUGAAAUUGAACAAAAAUUUUGUAUCAACUGUGAUAUUAAAGAUACAUGUUAUUUGUGUUUUAUACCAAAGAACAGAAUAAUUCUGUUUUCUCAUUCCAAGCUGAUGUUUUUGUGUUAAACAAAAUGCGAUUUUUUGUUGAUUGCUUGGUAGGCAAAUAUUUGAAAACUGAUCCGCUCUGGUUUGUCUUCUCUAUCUCUAUUUUCUAUUUGUUAAGUUUGAUCUGGUUGUACUCAUCUAUUUGUAAUUUAUAUGAAUGAAAAGAAUACAAAUGAAACUUAACUCAAAUUAAUAAAUAAAAAUGUGUUCUCAUAUAAAUGAUGUACAAUAAAAUUGUUGAAUCGCU